GUGUGUGUGUGUGUGUGUGUGUGUGUUGUGGGUGGAGAGGGAGGCGGAGUUGUGUGUUGUACUUUUAUGGGUUGUGGAGAAACCUGCCUGUCUGCUUCCAGAGGAGAGAGGAGGAGCCUGCUGGGUGUGGGACUCCAGACAAAGGAGACAUAAACACACUGACACUGGAUGACUGGAGGAAAAAGAAAACAGAAUGAGACGACUGUGAAGCUUGUUUUAUUUUUUUAUUUUGGUUGUAGUGGAGGUUUUAAUCCUCAUCUGGAGCUGCUCCAUCUGUCAUUUUGGGGAAACAUUGUGAAAAAGGAUCUGUGUGUGUAAAAGUGUGGCAGCUGAGCUGAGGUUGACAUAUGUUCCCCCACGGUGUGCCGGAGUGGGAUGGAAAAGUGGGUCCGGCACAACAAACUGCUCAGCUCUUAGCUCCACGCCAUGGGAGGCUGCCAUAGCUACCCAUCAGCUACGAAGGUCGACAGCAAGACUCCUCAGCCUUCUGACGUUCGCAACGAGAAACUGGGAAUCAAUAACAACAAGCAGGAAGAGCUGCCGUAUCUGCAGCAGCAAAAUGUGUGCCAGAUGAUCACCAACACAGACAUGUUUCUCCUCACCAAACUGCCGCCUGGCGUCGACAAGGCAGAGUGGCUCGCCAGCAACACCGUGGCCUUUUUCAAGCACAUAAACUUGUUCUCCAGCGCGCUGUCCGAGUUCUGCACCCCCAGCAGCUGCCCAACCGCCUGUGGACCGGGCAACACGGUUUACGUCUGGAUCGACGACCACGGUAGGAAGCUGAAGUGCUCCGCUCCGCUUUACGUCGACUACGCCAUGUCCUACAUUCAUGACCUGCUGACUGACGAAGACGUGUUCCCCACAAAAGCAGGUGCAGCGUUCCCAACAGGCUUCGUCUUCGUGGUCCAGAAGGUCUUCUUGCUCUUGUUCAGGACUCUGGCCCACAUUUACUGGUCUCACUACAGUGAGACGCUGGCGCUUGGCCUGCACCCGCACCUCAACACACUUUUCACGCACUUCACGCUCUUCUGCCAGCAGCACGCACUUCUGGAUCCUGAGGACACCGCGCCUCUGCAGAACCUCAUCGCUGCUCUGGAGCGGCAGGAAAUAAUUCUACGCGCAAACACGGAUUUUAUAAUCUGAGGAUCCUCAUCUCGCUCCUAUUUAUUCGUUGCAGCUUGCUUUUUCACCGCUCCAGGUGAAACUUAAUUCCACAAUCUUGCAUUUAUGCAUUAUUUGUUUUAAAUAUCAUUUUUUUAAAAUCCUAAACCAAAUAUUCUGUUUGUUUUUUAACAUAAUUGUGCAUUUUUCUUUUGCUCAGUCCAUGUCUUCCUUUAUUUGUGAUAAUAAAAAUGUUUCCUUUGGAGAUUUCUUGGCUAAACAGCCGGUGCCAUUCUGUUAUUCUGAAUAAAUGCAAAUACUGUAAAAAGAUAUAUUGAACAAAAAAUGUUUAUCUUGUAAACAAAGAAACACUUGUGACAUAUGACUUUUGUUUGAUUCGAGCAGAAAUUCCUUGGUUUGACAGUGGCACCACCUGGUGGUAAUGUUAAUGCUUUUUUUAUUCUUGUUUUAUUUGCAUUGAAACAAUAGCAAAAAAACUGUUUUUGUGUGUAUUUAAUUGCUUUAGUUAAAAUUGCUGCAAUAUAAUUUCAGGGCUAUCAAUCAAAAUGGAAUAUGACGAGUUUAAAUCAGAGUUUAAGUUUCCAAUAAUGCAGUGGUGUCCCGUCCGGGUCCUCGAGGGCCACUAUCCUGGAUUUUUUUUACAAUGUUUUCUUGCUUUGACACUCCUGAUUUGAAUUAAUGAGGGAUUAACAUGCUUCUGCAGAACUUUAAGACCUGCUGAAAGCAGGGAAAUGACUAAAAAUGUGCAGGAUCCUGGUCCUGAAGUACCAGUGUUGACUGCACGGUACGUGAUGAGCACCACGCCAAAAUAAGCUCAAUAACUGUAAAUUUCACUGUGUCGUAGGCAUUUUGUGAUUGUCCAUCUUGAAUUGGGUUAGCUGUAAAUUGAUUUUUAUUUCAAUAAAGUUCUGUCCAUUGGUUCAUGAGAUGUUUCACUAAAAGACAUAACUGGCAGUCUGUCCUCUGCGUAAGUGUUGGGGACAACACUCUGCUACUACCAGAUCCAAAUUUUAUUUCAAUACCUGUAAAAUUUGCUAAAUUGUAAUUAUUCUGAUACUAUUUUUGAGUCACAAGUCCCUGUUCGGCAGGUCUCACACAAACUGACGAGGACGGUUUUUUAAAGUUCUCACCACUUUGGGUGAAUAAUCUGUUUCUAUUGUUUCUUAAAGUGCCUGUGACAUAAAAUCUUUGUAAUAAACAUGAAUGCCUUUUUAGAAUGGUAACAAUCGUGAAUUGCAAUAAAUAAAUAAAUCAAA